UGCUCCCACUUCUAAGACUCCAGUUCUCUCCCCCAUUCCUCUGAAGCCGCCUUCUCCCCCGACCCCUCCGUCUCGUCGACGCGAUGAGCUUCGAGGGGAUCGACGAAUGGGACGAGAACUUCCUUGAUGAGGCGAUCCGAAUCGAGCUCGAGGCUAUCUCGUCUCGAAAUCCCCCUUCGGAUCCCACCUCCUCGUCCAGAGACCACAACGGCGCCGGAGCCUCCUCUCGGCCGGAGCCGGAGCCGGAGCCCAUCCCUCCAAGAAACCCAGCCCUGGUUCGAUCGGAGCAGGACUACUUUCCCCCCAUCCCAUCCUCUGAUGCCGGUUGGGGGGCCCAGAACGGCGGUUUCAGCUUCUCGCCGCCUCGGGAGCUCUCUCAGAGGUUCCCGGAGAGGCCAAACUUGGAGGACGAUUGCGAGAUUAUCGAUCCUUUGGUUUUGAACAAUGCCGAGUAUGGUGACCGCUCCAGGCGUGGGGGUGGCGGGGCCAAGAAGGACAAGGAGGUUGAGAGAUUAAAGAGGGAGUUGGGGCGUGUCUCGAAGCAACUCAAUCACUUGGAACAUGAAUGUAUGGAGCUUAAAAAGGACAAAGCUUGGAAAGAUGAGCAACUUAAAUAUGCCUUUUCACAGAUCGAAGCCAAAGAUGCUGAAAUCUGCGGUUUGAACAGGAAAAAUUUGGGUGUUUCUAAGCUAGAUCUUCACAAUAAUGGCUCCUUUGUUGACCAGGCUGGUUGUUCUCAUAUUAAUGAAGAUAAGGGUACUCGAAGUAUCACUCAGGCUUUGCGAAGGACAACAGAUUGUGAUUAUGGUAGAUCAAAGGGAGCAAAUGAACCUUCAGGUGGGUUCUCUCUGGACUCUAAAAUGCUUGAAUUUUAUGGUCCUGAAAGAAAUGAUGUUCGUACUGAUGGACCAGCUGCAGUAUCUGAAUUGAAGCACCAUAUUUUGAUUGAUAAUAGUAAGGGCUUGACUACCUCCAGUGGAGGUGCUAUUCAGGAAGGUUAUUUUCCUGAGAAACCUGCUCGGUCAAAGUGUAAUAAGACUGUAGGAAUUCAAACAGAUUUUGUUCAGAAUUAUAGCCAUAUUACUCCAAAGGACCUAGCUGAGGAGCACAUCUCAAGCAAACUGCUAGCAAUCUGGGUUCCCCCAAAUAAAAACACUGGGAGAAAUCUGAUCUCGAAGUUGCUUGUAUCUUGCUCGGCAGAUUUUUGUGUGCUUUUCCAGUGCUUGAGUAUGACAUCGAAAAUGGAUCUGGAUUGUCCAUCAGAUAGAAGGUUCGCGGACAGGGAAUUGGAUGAUCUUUCACAACCUAUCUUAUUGACUGAUGCUGCUAAAGUGUCCCAUCUCUAUGCAAUAUUGAUGAAGAUGCAUAAGGAGGUGGGACAGUUGCAUACUUUCCUUGAAGCAUUACUUGAUCUAUGCACUCUUGAAAAUGUUGUUCUUGUUCACAGAUCAUUGCGUAUAUUGCAUGCCAUCUUGCAACUCUUGCUGAGUUGUGACAUAAGUUCUAAUCAAAGGAACAAUGUCCUCAUUGAUCGAUCAUUAAAGAAUGAAGUUUGUGAAGUGAAGAGUGUUGAGUUUGUGAAUCAAAUUGUGGAGUUUCGCAAUUCUGAAGAGCAAUGCAAUAAAGUUGAAGCUUCCAGUUUAUUUUCAACGGAUAAAAGAUCUUUUGAUUUGGAAAAUCUAUGCAAGGAAAAACUUGGGAGCAAUGAUACAUUUCUCCCUUCUGAAAGUUGGAUUUCAAUUUUUGGGGCAAUGAAACAAAUAGCUUUGAGGAUUAGGAAGGAGUGUGUCCAAAGCGAAGCAUUAUCUAUAAUGAUUCUCAUUUUGAUGAGAAGUAACUCUAAUGCGGAGAGGAAAAGGUUUGGGCUGCUUUCAUUUUUGGAAGUUGUGCCACAAUUACUGCAGAAGGAAGUUGGCCUGCAUGUGCAAAAGCAAACUGUCCGCCUACUGUUCUUGCUCUUGAACUGCCCAGAGAUGUUGAUGAUGUUCUGCAGUGGUGGUAAGGUGGGCAUGGAACAAGAAGAAACAGUUGAUGGCCAUAUAGAUGCAUUGCAAAGAGCAAUCAAUUCAGUUCUUGAGGGUUUAUCAGAAUGUUUAGCUUCUGGUGGAACUGGUACACUGGAGCUCAAGCUUCGCAAGCAAAUAAUUAUAUUGCUGGCACACAUAGCAUCAUAUGGCCAAUCUGGUUUUGAAGUUCUUUUAAAUCCAGUGAGACCUCAGGGUCUUAAUUUCUUAGGGCUGAUUGUAAGAGUAUUGGCAUCAGAGAUGGAUGUGGAAAUAACGGACCUCGCCAAAACGCAUGCCCUCUGCAAGGAAAGAACCUCACUAAUGAGAGAGGCGUUGAUUUUAUUAAACCGGUUAGCAUCACAUCCUACUUACUCAAGAGCUGCUAUAGAUGCACUGAUGAGCAGCAAUUCAACUGCAAGCUUGACUAUUGAUGUUGCAAACAGAAUACCCCAGAAAAGCAGAGGCUGCUGCAAACAUGAUGGCACAAAGACAACACAGAUGGAGGCUGAGAUCAUGGAUUUAGCUCGGCUAUUUAGAUCGAGAGUUUUUGCUUUCCUUUGAGAGAGUCAUCCAGCCAAUUGACCAUCUUGGAGAGAUGGGAGGCAACAACUUGUCAACUACCUGACUUCUUCCCAAGGAAAACCUUUGCAUUCAAAAGCAGUAAAUAUUGAAGGCAUUUAUAGAGAUUGGAUCCAUUGAUCUUGUGGUAAAGUUUUGACUUAAGCUGUGAGUCUUGAUGUCUUGCUGCGGCAAAAAAAUGAGGUCUGCCUUUUUGUUUUUUUUGGUUGUGGAUGGGGACAUGGCAUCUAUUUUGAAGGUAUUUGUAACUUAUGUCAAUGAAAGGGUCUGUGCAAAGCAAGGUUGCCGUAUGUGUGUGAUAGCAGCAUCCGUCUGUUACGACCUGUGCUUCGUGCAAUUUUGGGUGCACAAUGGAGAUGUGUAUAAAAUGUACCACAGAUUCAACUGAGUUAAUAAGAAUAAUCAUAAUUGAUAUCGAUAUCAUUUUGUA